AGCUCUGAAAAUCCACAGAAAAGAAAAAAAAUUGUCAUCGACUCAAUCAAAAAUCACACACAGUUUUCAUACAGACAUCCUUUAAAUGAAUUGAAAAUGAUGGAUGUUACAGUUAAAACACUUGAUGGACAAAACAGAAGUUUUUGUGUACCAGAAAAUACAACAGUUAAACAGUUUAAAGAAAAGAUAGCAGGAUCAAUAAAUAUUGAUGCAGAAACGCAGAGACUAAUCUUCCAAGGACGUGUUUUGCAGGAUGAAAAACUGUUAAAAGAUUAUGAUGUUCAUGGAAAAGUUAUACAUGUUGUUCAGAAGCCACCGCCUAGUGCAAGGCAAUCUGGAGCAAGUGGCACAUCAACAAGUACACCAUCACCUGGCCCUACCCCAGGUCCACCCAGAGGUGAUGUCAAUAGCUAUGUUGUUGGUUCAUUCACAAUACCAUCAGACAUUAUUGACCCUAAUCAAGUACAGCAAAUUGUUCAGAAUGCUGUUCAGAACAUGGGCGAUAUGGGCAGGAAUGCCAGGGUAUCAACAAGAGCUUCUAAUGAUGGUUCUUCAGUAGAUGUCCACAUACAUCUGGGUCAAGUAGGAGGUCCAGCAAGAGUGGAGAGCGAGUCACAACUCCGCAUCAAUAAUGCCAGACGUAUGUUACAGAUGGCCAGAGAACAGAUAACCAGACUUGAGAACAUAGGACAAGCUUCUGGUGGUAGUGAAGGAUCUAACACAGAAAGAUCAGCCACAAUGGAAGGCUCUGAAUCAGAAAGAUCAGCCACAAUGGAAGAAUCUGAAUCAGAAAGAUCAGCCACAAUGGCAGAAUCUGAAUCAGAAAGAUCAGCCACAAUGGAAGAAUCUGAAUCAGAAAGACCAAACACAACUACCCCACAAACAGACAAUGAUAGGGAAAGAGAUUCAGAGGAUAUGGAAACCGAGGCAAGUACUCCAUCACAGACUGCUGCAGAAACAAGCAAUAGUCGGACUGAAGAUGGAAGUCAGACAUCACAAGAAACUGGGACAACGACAACAGAGACACCUUCAUCUAGUGGUAGUCAAGCAACAGGAGGUCAAGGUCAAGGUCAACCUCAUCCACCUGGUUUAAUACGGCCUCCGAUUACUUUAGUAGCAGAAGUUUUACAGGAAGUCCUAGAGGUGAAUCAGAGAUUACAACCUUUCCUAGAAAGAUAUCAAACAAUAACAAGAGAAGAUAGGCCACUUGAAGGACAGGCCUUAACAGAAGCACAAGAAUUGUGUAAUUUAGUUGGAGAAAUUCUUCAUACCAUCAGUCACAGCUACCAUAGUCUGAGUGACCUUAUGAUUGACCUAAGUCAGCCUCCUCCUAGACACUUGUAUGCUGCAUUCAUUUCACAGCAGGUACCAACUACAGCAGUUAUUCAGCAGACUAUACCAGUCAGAGCACAGAUUAAUAUUGGACCUGCAGUACAAAGAACAUCUGGUACACAAUCCAGUGUUCCUACAAGUACAGGUGGGACUCAGUCAAGUCAGCCAGUAACCAGUUCAACUGGGACCCAGUCAAGCGUGCCAACAUCAUCAGCUGCAACAUCAACAUCAGUAACAGCUGAAUCUCAAGAACAAGCAUCAACACAACCUACCACUGUUUCUGGAACAGCAGGUUCACAACCAGUUAGUACAACAGAUAGUGGCACUACACCUAUGUUUAUUGAAAUGGGACCUGAAAUAGUUUCUGUCAGCAGUGUAACAGCUCAAAUAAUAACAGAAUCAGAAAAUCCAACAACUUCAUCAGGAAAUACAGGCACAACUACAACACACCAGGUACUGCCAGAAGGUGCUGGACCUGUUACUAAUGAUCUGAUCAACAGUAUAGUUAACUCAGUUCUUGGUGGAAUCGCCAGGGGAGGUCCAAGAUUUGGGCCAUCUAACGCAGUACAGAUAGAAAUUGGUCAAUCUGGUUCUCCAAGAGCUCGAUUUUCUCGAUUUCCUACAGGUUCUGGUAUUGGUAGAAUGAAUGUUCCAUCAGGUUUCAGUACUACAGCAACCCCAUCAACAAGUGCAUCAGGUACACAGACAAGUAAUGCUGAAUCAAACUCUUCUGGUACCCAGACUGGAACAGCAAACACUUCUGAAACACAAACACAAACACCUGGAAGACCAAGAACUACAGCCUUUGUUAUGCCUGGUGUUCCUGGAGCUGGAUUACCACCAGGCAUGUCUAUUGGUGGAAUGCCUGGAUUGCCUGGCAUGCCUGGUUUACCAGGUUUUCCUCCCUCUGUGGAUCGUCAUCUUCCUUGUUCAUCUCGAUAUUUCUUCAGGCUACAAAGGGAUGAAGCCAGAAGAAACAGACAACCAAAUGGAGAAAAUAAUCAGGAAGAAUACAUAAAUAACAUGUUGAGUGGUUUUAUGCAACAACUUCAGCAAGAAACUAAUACUCACCUUCAUCACCCACCAUCCACUAGUUCAAAUCAACCACCAACCAACACAGCAGCUGCUAAUCAACAACAGACAACAGCAACAACUGGUGCCGCUGCUUCAAAUCAACAACAGACAACAUCUACCCCUGGUUCAGGACCUAGACCUGCUACAAACAAUAGUCAGUCAGCUGAUCCUUUUGUACAGAUGUUACAUGAAGCUUCAUCACAGAUGCCUGGUGUUAUUGGUAUACAGAUACAAGGCAUGCAGGAUGGACAGCCUGCCUUCUCUACAAUGUUUGGGAUGCCACCACCUGGACAGAGAAGGCCACCUGGAAAUCAGCAACCUCCGACUGGAUCAUCUGCUGGACCUCCAGGAGACCAGAAUUUUGCCACCAUGUUGAGAGAUUUCCUUCAGAGUGCUUCUGCACAACAGAGAACAACCUCAUCUGCAUCAAGUACAACAAACACAAGUACUACUAGUACAUCUGCCUCCUCAGAGCAACCUGUAAUGACUGAUGAGGCAUUUACGCGUCUUAUUUCUGGUAUUGGUAGUAUGGUAUCACAAACAGCUAUGGGACAGCCACCAAGUCAGACUAUUUCACAGUUUUUGUCUUCCCUAGGGGAGGGCUACAAUACAGGGGAGGAAGGUGUGUUUAUAAAUGACCUUUUUAACUGUGUGUCCAGGCAUUUAUCGCUGCCAGAUUUACUGCAAGUCUUUUCUGGAAAUGCUGCCGCCUUAAACCGUUUACGUGCACCAUUACAAGAAUUUAUAAGAGGUAGAAUAUUAAACGAUGGCGAACCCACAAGAGAAAAUAUAGAAGCUGGUGUCAACAGGCUUGUAGCUAAUAUGACAAGUGAACUAAAGAGUGCAGAGGAAGUGACAGAAGUCAAACCAGAUAUAGAUUUUGUUGCCACAUUAAGUAAUGUUUGUCGAGUACAACUGACAGCCAUAUUAAGUAUGAUUAUGCAGACAAGAGGUGGAGAUGUACAGUUUGGUGCAAGAUUAUAUGAGAUGUUAAGACAAGCUCUAUCUGAAAUUAUUGUCCUUGCCAGAUAUUGUUUAGUUGGAGGAAUGCCAGCCUUAAGCAGACUUGUACAAAAUAGACUUGAGAACCUAACAAGGGGAGUUAAUCCAUUGAUUCAACAGUGGAUGGCUAGUACAACUACAGCACAGCUUAAUACAUUUGUACCUUCAAUAAGGGUUACGGAAGAGCAAAUCAUGCACUAUGUUGUAAAGAAAGAAAAAACACCUAGUCCUGAAGCUCCAAUGGAAACAAGUCCAGUUGUCCAAUCUCCUGGUGCUUCUGCAGUUGAAUCUCCACAGUCAAUGGAAGUUGAAACAAAACAUGACAGCAAAUCAUCACCAAGUGGUGCAGCUAACGUUGUUAAGAAAGCAGUUUCUGUGAAAACAUCACCUGGAGCAGCUGCUGUUGAGGAACAGGUUUUGAAUGGGGCCACUGGAGGGGAACCAUCAACUAGUUCUGAAGGAGAUACUUCUUGGCAGAAAGAAAUCCCAGAAGAAUGGGUACCUAUUAUAAAUGGUGAUAUAAAGAAACAGAAACAACAGAAACAUCAACCUCCUUUUAGUGAUGCUUAUUACCAAGGAAUGCCAGCUAAACGAAGGAAGUUAAAUCAACCAUUUGAUGCAUCAAAUCCUAGAUUAGAUUUGACACAGUCAAUAAGAAGAGCUGUGGCGUCUGCAGGUGUUGAACCUAUCAGUAGUAUUGAAAAUCUAACUAAAGAAAUUGAAGAUAAUGCAGAAUUAUUGAAUGAAUAUGAGGAACAUACAAGAAACUCAAUCAUUGACAGGCUUCAAACAGAUUCAGACUUUGUUCCAGACAGAUUUCCAAAAUCUCAUGAAUAUUUUAAGGGAAAUAAUAAAAAGUGAUAAUUCCGAUGUGGAAUUAAUGACUAGUGAUUUUUCAUCAAUAUUUAUGAAAUAAAGUGUGUAAAAAAAUUGUUGGUUAUAUAAGUAAUAGUUUAAUGUACAUGUAUAUUGUUUAAACUGGUAUGAAAAAAAUGAUUAUACUGGGUAUUCUAUCAUUUGAUAUUUUGACAGAUUUGAAUUUAGAUCGGUGAUUUUUUGUUUUAUUCCAGAAUAAUGUUUUUAUGAGGUGUUAAAUGUUUCAUGGUUUGUAGAUCCUAUGUAAGAUAAAGCUCAUAUGAGAUAUAACUGUUAUUUGUCAUUAGUCAUCCAUCCAUGUAACCUUUAAUACAAUUAAUUGAUCAAUUUUAACCAAUGUUUACAUAAUUCAUGUUUUACAACUGUUUACCUUUUUAGCAAGCACCUUAAAGUCCUGCCAGCUAAAAAAUGCAACAUCACAUUGUGGUAUGAAAUAGAGAUUGAUCUUUUGAAAGUGUCCAGUAAAACGUUUAUUCUUUAUAGCUAGAAGGAAUCAAAGCGAAAUAUCCUAUUGGGGAUUUUCUUUGGGAACCUUAGAAAAAAAAUCAACAAAAGAUGUCAAAAUUAUUGUCAUGAAGAAUACAGAAACUUUUAAGAUUAUUUUUAAUAACAAUCAACUGAAAGAAUCAACAAAGAUUGCCACAUCACUGAAGAUUAGAAAAGGUAUCUGAAAAGGAAUUAAAUUUUCUCAUCUUUUUACCAUUCAGCUGUAUGUAACUCGUGUACAGUUUCAAAGGAGAAAAAAAAACCUAUUAAAAUUGAAAUGCUGCAUUUAAUAUGCCAACAUGUAUAUUUGCUAUAAAUAUAAAUUUCAAAGUUUCAUACAGUGAAACAAUAUUUAAAAUAGCCUAAAACCUUAAAUAGCAUUCAUAUUUGUAAAUCAUUUAUUAAUCAUCCCUUUUGUAUCUGCAAACUUCAACAUCUAUUAACAAUGUUGGUUUCUAAAAAUUGUAAAUUGAUUGACAGUUUAUGCCCUUUAAGCAAUGUACUCUGAAGGGACCCUCCAAUUUCUCACUACCAUAAUGUGCUCAUUCAUUAUUUUAAGUAAUUACGAGUCAUUGCUCGAAUAUUUUUAUAUAUUCCCUGUAUGAUAGGUUCUAGCAAAAGGAAUAGCAUGAUUGAGUUUGAGCAUUCAGUUAAGGGUUAAAUUAUAAUAGAGUUUUUGAUUCUGAAAAGCAUUAUGGCAAUUUGGAGUAAGGAACUGAUCACAUGAUCACCAAAAGGACUAGGAUGUUAUGCAAAUACUUAUAACACAGCCUCAGUUAACUUUGGAUAUCCUUGCUAUCUUUUAAAACAUUAUUGAUUUAGUUUAUUUUAAAGGGAGAUUUUAUUUAUAUAUUUAUUUUUUUUGGCCAAAAUGAGAAACUAAAUUGAUCAAUUUAAUUAUCAGAAUGUUGAUUUAAAGUUUGUGGAACGUGUAAAAAUAGGUACUGGUAAAUGAUUUUGUAUUUUGAAUUACUUCCACAUUGGUAAAUUUGUAUUAUAGUAAUUUAAUGUGUAACUCUCUCUGUUUAAUUUUGUGCAUUGAUAAGAUAACCUCUAUUUGUAAUAUGCAUAAGAGUGCAUCAGAAUUCUGAAAAUGUCUCCACCAGAGCUUCACAAUGAUUUCAAUGGUUUAUGCCAACCUUUUUCCUUUUUUUACUCUGCAAGAAGGAGUUCAUUGUAUUGAUAUGAAAGAAUAUUUCAUACUAAAAGUUCCUUCUAUUUACUUAAAUGCUGGAGAUACCUUACAAGUUGUAAUUUUAUGUGAUAUUCUAAUGUAAAGAUUAGACAUAUUAUCUAUUUUAUAUAUAAUAAUAUGCUUACAUAUUAAUUGUUCUAUCAAUUUCCAACACAUUUUAAUUACUGUACAUGUGGUUUCAAUUAUUUUCUUGGGUACCAAUUUUCUUGGAUUAAGGAAAAACUGUAUUUUCGUGGAUAUUAGAAUUCGUGGUUUUGCCAAAGUCUGCAUAAAUGCAUUUAGAAAUUUUUACUUAGUUGAACAUUUAAAUUUAUGGUACCUUUAUCCACAAAAUCUGCGAAAAAUUGUUAUCCCAUGUAUUAUUAUGAAACCACAGUAACACCAAUUAAAUGUAUGAUCAAAAGUUACAAAUGUAAAUUGUAAACACAUUAAACAGCAUUGAGUCUUAAUGAAUAUAUAUUUUAUAGAAGUCCAUUGUCUUUUCAAAAGAUUACAGUAGAUAUCAUUGAUAAACAGUUGAUACUACUGGUUAUAUGGACUCAAAAAGAUUCAAUUUCUUAAUUUUUUAAUGUAUCAAUCACAUGAACACCAUUUUAGGUAGCUUGUUUUACAUUCUAAUUUUGUGAGAUCAUGCAAGCAAAUAUCGUCUUUUGCAUGUUUUUGCUUGAAAAUAGUUCCCAAAAAAUAGAAUGCAAAAGUAAAUAUUAAUUUGUAAUAUGAUGCUCAUUACCUGAAUAAAACGUUUCUAAUUAAAAAUCUGUUCACAUUAAUACUACAUGUACCUCUUUGGCUUAAUUGGGCCUUGGUGGUCGAGUUGUCUAAGAAGUCAUACUACUGUAUCACUAGCCUGUCAACACUGAGGUUGUGAAUUUGAAACCCGCAAUUGGCAGGUGCGCUAGACUCCAAUCUUGAUUGACUAGGAUUGUCAGUUUUCCUACCGAAGGUCGUGGUUCUCGCCGGGCACUCAGGCUUCCUCAACCAAUAUAAACUGACUGCCAUGAAAUAGCACAAUAGUGUUGAAAGUGGCGUUAAACACCAAAUAAUCAAUCAAUCAAUCUUUGGCUUAAUGAUUUAUGACAGGAGUUAUAUCCAUUAACAUUAUUACAUUUUUGCAACUUCGAAAGUCCUGUUUAGCUAAUAUAUCUCACUAAUAUCUCACUCUGUAAGUUCCUUCUGAAUAAUAUCUCUCUUUGUAAGUUCCAUCUGAAUAAUAUGACACUCUGUAAGUUCCCUCCAAAAAAUGUCUCACUCGAAGUUCAUUCUGAAUAAUGUCUCAAUUUGUAACAUCAUUCUGCAUAAUGUCUCACUCUGUAAGUUCAUUCUGAAUAAUAUCUCACUUUGUAACAUCUUUCUGAAUAAUGUCUCAUUCUGUAAGUUCCUUCUGAAUAAUAUCUCACUUUGUAAGUUCCAUUUGAAUAAUAUGACACUCUGUAAGUUCCCUCUCAAUAAUGUUUCACUCUGUAAGUUCAUUCUGAAUAAUAUCUCACUUUGUAACAUCAUUCUGAAUAAUGUCACACUCUGUAAGCUCAUUCUGAAUAAUAUAUCAUUUUUUAAUUUAAUUCUGAAUACUAUCACACUUUGUAAGUUCAUACUGAAUGAUAUCUCACUUUGUAAGAUCAUUCUAGUUAAUAUCACUUUUUGUAAGUUUAUGGUAGUUAAGAUCUAAUGUUACAAGUUUGUGAUUGUGUACCAAAUAUUUUACUUUGUAACUUCAUGCUACCAAAUGACUCACUUUAUUAGUUCAUGCAAGCAAAUAGCUCAUUUUAUAAGUUCAUUCAUUUGUUAAGGUCUUAUUUGUAAGCUUAUGCUGGCCAAUAUCUCAUAUUGUAUAUUCAUAUUGGCCAAUAUUUCUUUUGUGAAUAUAAGGUGGCUUAUAUUUCAUUGUGUUAGCUCAUGCUAGACAAUAAGUUCCAGAAAUGCACACAGUGAAAGUAUUUCUUUUGUUGUCCCAAUAUUAAUGUAUUGCAUUGCUUAUUAAAGGCACACACAUUUAAUCUUUCAA